CCGCCCGCCGGGACGCCUUCCUCUUUUGCAGCUAUUUAAGACCGGUCGGCAGCACGUCCCUCGCAGUGGCCGGGCCAUGGAUCGGAUGGAGGUGACCGAGACCUUCGCCGGCAUCUCCCUGCCCGGCCACCUCCACACCCAGGAGUCCCUCGGCUUCGCCGUCACCUUCCCCUUCCGUCCCACCGACGUGGUCAUCGCCACCUACCCCAAAUCAGGCACCACCUGGAUGCAGGAGAUCCUGACGCUGCUGUUCAGCCGCGGGGACGUCCUGCCGGCCAAAACCAUCCCCAACUGGGAGCGGGCGCCCUGGCUGGAGCAGAUCUACUUCAGGGAGGCACUGCAGGAUACGGCCGCCCGCCGGCUCAUCACCACCCACCUGCCUGCCCGCGUCCUGGCCCCUGCCCUGCAGCAGAGCAAGGCCAAGGUGAUCUACGUGGCUAGGAACCCCAAGGACGUCGCCGUCUCCUUCUACCACUUCCACCGCUUGGCCAAAUUCCUGCCUGACCCCGGCUCCUUCGACACCUUCCUCACGCGGUUCCUCGAGGGCACGGUGCACUACGGCUCCUGGUUUGACCACGUCAAGGGCUGGCUGGCCCAGCGGCACCUCCUGGACAUCUUCUACGUCACCUACGAGGAGCUGCACCAGGACCUGCGCGGCACGGCGCAGCGGCUCAGCGCCUUCCUGGGCUGCCCGCUGGGACCGGAGACGCUGGGAGCCCUGGAGCAGCACUGCAGCUUCGCCACCAUGCGGGACAACGCCAUGGUCAACUACUCCCUCAUUCCCGCCGAGAUCAUGGACCACAGCCAGGGAUGCUUCAUGAGGAAAGGCGUGGUGGGGGAUUGGCGCGACCACUUCUCCCCCCUGCAAAACGCCCUCUUCAACCGCCUCUACCAGGAGGAGAUGGGCGACUUGGAGCUGCCCGCGCGCUGGCCCAUGGCUUGAGGGUCCGAGGAGCCGGGGGGGGGGGGGGGGCCGGUGGCACUCGGCCCUGCCACUGCACAACGCGACUGGACCCCCCUGCCUCCUCCCCCCCACCUGCCAAGCCCCACUGCGGGGGGGGCACCCUGCAUUGGAUGCAACUUAUACACCCCCGUGCAUCACCCCGGGGGUCGGGGCUGCAGUGGGGCUGGGGUCUGGGGGGGGGGACAUGCCGGCUGCAUGACAACCCCCCCCCCAGGGGACAGGGGACUUUUCCGGUAACACGUUGCAGGCAUCCUCGUGGCCUUCCUUCCCCUGGGGUGGGGGCACAUGGCCGUGACCCCCCCUUCCGCCCAGCCCGCCCUGCAAAAAUAAAUAUUUAUUGCUGUUUACA